GCGGCGGCGGCGCGGGGACCCCCGGCCCGGCGCGGCGGUUUCAAGCUCCCCCGCGGGCGCGCGGCCGGAGCCGGCGGGGCCGGGGCCGGGGCCGGGAUGGCGGCGGGGGAGCGGGGCCGGGGCCGCGGCCGCUGACAGCCGCUGCCGCCGCCGCCGCCCCAGCAUGUACGCCAAGGGCAAGGGCUCCGGUGUGCCCUCGGACGGCCAGGCCCGCGAGAAGCUGGCGCUGUACGUCUACGAGUACCUGCUGCACGUGGGGGCCCAGAAAUCGGCCCAGACCUUCCUGUCGGAGAUCCGAUGGGAGAAGAACAUCACGCUGGGCGAGCCCCCCGGCUUCCUGCACUCCUGGUGGUGUGUCUUCUGGGACCUGUACUGUGCCGCUCCCGACCGCCGGGAAACUUGUGAGCACUCCAGCGAGGCCAAAGCCUUCCAUGACUACGGUCCACGGCACCGUAGGAGGUGGGAUGCUCUUGGAUCCUCAGCACUGGGAUGCGGGAUACUGCAGAGCGCGGCGGCGGCUCCCAGCCCGGUGAUGGGGACCCUGCCCCCCGGUGACGGCAUGCCGGGGGGGCCCAUGCCCCCCGCCUUCUUUCAGGGACCUGCGGGCUCUCAGCCAUCGCCCCACACCCAACCUCCGCCCCACAACCCCGGGGCCCCCAUGCUGGGGCCGCACAGCCAGCCCUUCAUGUCCCCCCGUUACCCCGGCGGCCCCCGGCCCCCGCUCCGGAUGCCCAACCAGCCUCCCGUGGGUGUCCCCGGCUCCCAGCCGCUGCUGCCCAACGCCAUGGACCCGGCGGCGCGGUCGCAGGGGCAUCCCGGCAUGGGGGGCCCGAUGCAGCGCAUGAACCCCCCGCGAGGCAUGGCCGGCAUGGCCCCCCAGACCUACGGCAGCGGGAUGCGUGCCCCCCCCAGCUCGCUGGCCGGCCCUGGCAUGCCUGCCAUGAACAUGGGCCCCGGCGGCCGCGGGCCUUGGCCAAACCCCAACGCCAACUCUAUCGCCUACUCCUCCUCGUCCCCUGGGAACUAUGUGGGCCCUCCCGGGGGUGGUGGCCCCCCCGGCACCCCCAUCCUGCCCAGCCCCGGAGACUCCACCAACUCCAGUGAGAACAUGUACACCAUGAUGAACCCCAUCGGGCCCGCGGGGAACCGGCCGAACUUCCCGAUGGGGCCCGGACCCGAGGGGCCCAUGGGUGGCAUGAGCGCGAUGGAGCCGCAUCACAUGAACGGAUCCUUAGGCUCCGGGGACAUGGACGGGCUGCCAAAGAGCUCCCCCAGUAACCUGGGGGCGCUGAGCAACCCCCCCGGGACCCCGCGGGACGACGCCGAGCUGAGCAGCAAUUUCUUAAACCCCUUCCAAAGCGACAGCUACUCGCCCAGCAUGACAAUGAGCGUGUGAGCCCCCGCCGAGGCCGCCGACCGCCAGACGCCCGCACGCACCAGAGAAAAAAAAAAAACCCCAUUAAUUAAUAAUAAUUACCAACGGCCACCACCACCCCCCCCCCCCCACAGCCCCCCCCCCCCCCCC